GCAGCGAGGAGUAUUUGUUUUUCCAAUCAGUGCUGGUUUGGAAUACCUAAAGUGUUAACUUGUUUGUGGAUCUGCUCGUGAUGUAAACAAUGAAACAAAACCUCCAAUGACGAGUUAAGAUCAAAUUGAUUGGUUUGAAUAACAAGUGUGUAUAAACUUUGCUUUGUGGUUCUGCUGGCUAGACUGCGGUGUUGUUAAAGUGCAAUAAUAUUUAAGUGCAAUCCUAUUAAAGUAUUAAAUAUGUUAGCCCAAAAGUUAUAUCCCGACGUGAGUACCAUGUCUACUUCAGCGAACGCUAUGACUCCCAUGACGCCGACUUAUUCCAUGAACUCCAUGUCCUGCGUCCCGAUGGCUCCCAUGAACUGUUCGCCGCAAACGCCGAUGUUCGGAUCCAGUAUGCUGAAUUCCGGCAUGUCGCCCAGCAUGCAGAUGAAUCGAAUAAGUGCAAGAAUGGAUACCCAAACCGGUAUGAACGAAACAUCUCAAUUAGGAUAUACCACAAUAGGUUCGCCCAUAUCGAAUAUGAGCGCUUGCAUGGGUGCGACAAUGUCUAGCAUCAACAAUUACAAUACUGCUAUCGGAAGAGGUGAUCUAGGUGGCGGCGAUACAUCCCCAAAUUCGGCUUUGCAAAGAGCUCGAGCGGACAAGACUUACAGAAGAUCUUACACACAUGCGAAACCCCCUUAUUCGUAUAUAUCUCUGAUCACCAUGGCAAUCCAAAACAGUCCGCAGAAGAUGCUGACUUUAUCAGAAAUAUAUCAAUUUAUUAUGGAUCUGUUCCCUUUCUAUAGGCAAAAUCAACAGCGAUGGCAAAACUCGAUUAGACAUUCUCUAUCAUUCAACGACUGUUUUGUGAAGGUUCCUAGGACUCCGGAUAAACCAGGAAAAGGAUCAUUUUGGAGCCUUCAUCCCGAUUCCGGCAAUAUGUUUGAGAACGGAUGUUACCUGAGGCGGCAAAAACGUUUUAAGGACGAAAAGAAGGAAUUAAUCCGAGCAACGCAUAAAAGUCCCUCCCACAGUAUCGACAAUAGUAAUAGCUCCGGAAAGAAAACGCCGUUACAACACAACGACGAUAAAUCGGCCCAUCAUCUGGACAAGACCAACGAUAAUAAUUUGAGCUCGAUGUUGAGUAUUCAUCCGACGAAACUGGAUGUGGAUCAAAUGAAUUUGUUGCACGCCAACGACUUGAAUAUGCAUCAACAACACCAUCACCAGAAUAUGUCCCACGAAGAACUAUCGGCAAUGAUAAAUCGAAGCAACCAUCUGGCCUUAUCCAGCGAACAUCAGGCGAUGUUACACCAUGGUGCGAUGAACCAUCAUCUAAAGCAGGAACCUGCAGGUUACACGCCGUCGAACCAUCCGUUUUCUAUCACCAGGCUACUUCCUAACGAAAGUAAGUCUGACAUAAAAAUGUAUGCAGAUAUGCAAUAUGCGAGUUACAAUACGUUAAGUCCGCUACCUAAUUCCAUACAUUCCCAUACUUCUAUAGGUAAUGAUUAUUACAACAGUCCUUCCCUAUACCACACGUCAUCAGGGACGACGAGUUUGUGACAAUAUCCUUUGGCUUAAAGCUACUUAACUCGAAUAAGUCUUUUUGUUUUGUACAUAUUUUAUGGACGCAUGUGCAUUGUAAAUAUGGUUUUAUUGUGUGAAAUAAGAGACGGCCGCAGUUCGUAAAACUGGUUGCUCUAUUUUUCCACGUGCAUUGUUAUAUAUUUCACAAGUGUAUAUCUUAGUGUCGCGAGUCAUUCAUAACUAAAUUAUAUCUUUUUCUACUGAAAUCUCAAAUAAAACUUUUUGAUCUGCAAUUUUGAAUAAAAUUUAUUUAUCGUGCGUACACUUUUAGACUUUUAGAUUGUUUUGUAAUUUUUUUAUUUGUAUAAAAUAAAACUUAAGGGUUUUAAACGCUUAUAUUUUUAAGUUUGUUU